AAUACGAACUUGUUACCCAAAAUGGAGACACUGCAAUGCAACCAAAUUAUGCAGGCUUGCAAUGUACUUGAGGGUUUGAUCCCCAAGAAAGAUGACAAAGGAACACUUCCUGCAUUCCAUCUAGAAAAACUUUUCAUAUUCUCUCUGAUGUGGAGUUUGGGUGCAUUGCUGGAGUUGGAUGAUCGUGCCAAAAUGGAAGAAUUUAUGGCUAAACAUGAGAGUGCAUUGGAAUUACCUUCUGUGAAAGAGGGAGAGACCAUCUUUGAAUAUGUUGUUGAUGAUCAUGGUGAAUGGGAACACUGGUCUAAGAGAGUAGAAGAAUACAUUUACCCUUCAGAUGUAGUUCCUGAAUUUUCAUCCAUUUUAGUACCAAAUGUGGACAAUGUGCGAACAAGCUUCUUGAUAGAUGUCAUUGCAAAACAGAACAAAGCAGUACUUUUAAUCGGAGAACAAGGAACAGCAAAGACUGUGAUGAUCAAAGGUUACAUGGCACAGUAUGACCCUGACAGUCAUCUGAGCAAAAGUUUCAACUUCUCCUCUGCUUCCACUCCAUCCAUGUUUCAGAGGACCAUAGAGAGCUAUGUUGACAAGAGAAUGGGAAGUACUUAUGGACCCCCAGGAGGAAGGAGAAUGACUGUUUUCAUUGACGACGUCAACAUGCCAGUCAUCAAUGAGUGGGGCGACCAGAUUACAAAUGAAAUCACUCGUCAAAUGAUGGAGAUGCAUGGCAUGUACAGCUUGGACAAGCCUGGUGAUUACAUAUCUAUAGUGGACAUGCAAUUCAUUGCUGCUAUGAUACACCCAGGAGGAGGAAGAAAUGAUAUCCCUCAGAGAUUGAAAAGACAGUUCUCCAUAUUCAACUGCACUCUGCCAUCGAAUAACUCCAUUGACAAAAUCUUUGGCAUCAUUGGGUGUGGAUAUUUUUGUUCUAGUCGCUUUAAUCCAGAAGUUUGUGAUAUUGUGAAAAAGAUUGUUCCAGCCACCAGAAUUCUCUGGCAAAUGACAAAGGUAAAAAUGUUGCCUACACCAGCCAAGUUUCAUUACAUUUUCAACUUGCGAGAUCUGUCUAGAAUUUGGGAGGGAAUGCUGAAAAUCAAAGGAGAGGAAUUUUGUAUGGAAUGUGAGGACCAAUUGAUGGUGUUAGGACUCUUCAAACAUGAAUGUACAAGAGUCAUCUCAGACAGAUUUACAAAUGCUGAUGACAAAGCCUGGUUUGAGAAGAGUUUGAAUGUUGUCAUUAAUGAUCACAUUGAUGCAUCACUUGUUGACACGUGUCAUCCAGAACCAUACUUUGUGGAUUUUCUUCGUGAUGCUCCAGAACCCACAGGAGAAGAAAGUGAUGAUGCUGCACUAGAAGCUCCCAAAAUAUAUGAACAGAUCUCCUCUUAUGAGACAUUGAAUGACAAACUGCUGACUUACAUGGAACAGUACAACGAGUUAGUCAGGGGGGCUCAUAUGGAUCUUGUCUUCUUCAAGGAUGCCAUGGUACAUCUUAUCAAGAUAUCCAGAAUUAUUGGUACCCCGCGAGGAAAUGCUCUGUUGGUGGGAGUUGGAGGAUCAGGAAAACAAUCACUAACUCGUCUAGCCUCCUUCAUCGCAGGCUACAGAAUAUUCCAGAUUACACUCUCAAGGACAUACAAUGUUGGCAAUUUGAUGGAUGAUUUGAAGUUUAUGUAUCGUGUUGCUGGAUGUGAAGGGAAAGGAAUCACAUUUAUUUUUACCGACAAUGAAAUCAAAGAUGAAGCAUUCCUUGAAUACUUGAACAAUGUUCUGAGUUCAGGAGAGGUUUCUAAUUUGUUUGCCAAAGAUGAACUGGAUGAAAUUACACAGGAAUUGAUUGCAGUAAUGAAGAAAGAAAUGCCAAGAUGUCCUCCCACAUUUGAAAACUUGUAUGAUUAUUUCAUCUCCAGGGCAAGAAAAAAUCUGCAUACAGUCUUGUGCUUCUCUCCGGUUGGAGAAAAGUUCCGAACAAGGGCAUUAAAAUUCCCUGGACUUAUAUCUGGUUGUACCAUGGAUUGGUUCAGUCGAUGGCCAAAAGAUGCUUUGAUUGCUGUAUCUGGACAUUUUCUAAACAAUUACCAUAUUGUCUGCAGCAAAGAAAUUAAGGAACAGGUUGUCAACACAAUGGGAGUUGUCCAUGACAAUGUAGCUUCUGUUUGUGUUGAAUAUUUUCAAAG